UCGAUUUACACAACCGGCUCGACGAAGCCCAAUUUUCGGGUGGAGAUAUGCAAUAAGUGCCACCCGUUUUUCACAGGGGAGCAGCGCAUCAUCGACACUGAGGGGCGUGUGGAGCGCCUGAUGCGCCGGUUCAACUUGCAGCAGCAGUAA